AUGACAUCAUCAAGUUAUAUGCUCGAUCGUGAAAUAAUUGGUUCAUCUCGAGCCAUGAUUGAUGUUUAUUCCAAUGCACCAUUGACCCAAAAUAAUACUUAUCGUAGUUCGUACGGAUCGGUAAAUCAUCAUCACCAUGGAUACACACACGGUUUUGAUGAUAAUUUAGAAACCAAAAAAGUUGUAGUAGAUUAUCAAGAACAAAUUCGGUUAUUGAAAGCUGAUCUAGAAAGGAAAGAUGCGUUAAUACAAGAAUUAACAUCGAUUAAAGAUCCAAGUAAGCCCGAAGCUUUCGAACCAAGCAAAUAUGAAGCUUUAAUGGGACAAGAACGCAUUGCUAUGGAAGCUCUUCGACGGGAGUUCGAUCACUGUCGAACAAAAGUAGACGGAUUAACUCAUGACUUGCGAGAAACAACAUUGAAAUUAUCGGCAAAAGAUGAACGUAUCAAUGAAUUAAAACAUGAAAUCGAAUCAGUCAGACGAGAACACGAAUUACUCAAUCAAGUGAAUAAUCAAUUGCGUCUACGCAUAUGUGAAUUGGAGUCUAAUGUGAAUUCUUAUGAUUCUGUGGCGAGCAAAUCCUCGUUGACGAUAACAGCGUUGCAAAGAGAUGCAAAAGAAAAACAAGAUCAAAUCGUCGAAUUACAAUCGCGAGUUCGAUUGCAUAUGGAAGAACGCGAAGCUAGCGAAAGAAAAACGGAAUCAUUCUACAAAAAACUACAAGAAUUAUUCUCACAACUAAAUGUUACAUUAACUGGUGAUUUCGGACAACCAACACCUGGAUCAUUCGAUGGUAUCAUGACUAAAAUCACUGCAAUCGCUGCCGAGAGUACCACAUUGAAAGGCACAAUCGUCAAGCUCGAAGAAACAAAUCGUUUAUUCGACACGGAGCUGAAAGCUAAUCGUGCGACAAUUCAACAAAUGGCGAAUCAAUUACAUGUUUACGAGCAAAACACUGUUGCCCAUCAUUUACAACUCGAUACAGUCAAAGCUGAACGUGAUACCGCACUGAGUGAAAAAGAAGCAGUGAAAGUUGAGUUGGAAACUUUGAAGGCACGUUUGGAUUCUGUACAGAAAGCUUGGCAAAACACUCGAGGUCAACUGGAUGAACGCGAAAGUAAAUACACGUCUCAUGAGUCACAUUUGAAACAACUGGAAAACGAUUUACUCUACGCAAAAUCGUGUUUCGAUGCAUUCAAACAGCAAGUCGGACAAUUAUUGUCCGAUAACUAUGUUAAAGUCGAACCGAAAGAAGAUGAAAUCAAAGAAAAAAUUCAUUUGUUAAUGCAAUCAAGUAAAGAUCGAGGAAUUAUUAUAACUAAUCUUCAAAAUCAAAAAGAACAAUUAUCGAAGCAGCUGCAAGAACAGAUCGAUCUUGCCAAAGACGCUGACAACAAACGACGUCAAGCGGACACACGUUUAUACGAAUUAGAACACCGUGUCAAAGGUUUAGAUCAUGACUACACAACGAAUGAAGUGUAUCGUGAAAAUCUUAAACAAGACAAAGCGAAAUUUCUUCAGUUCCUCGAACGUCUCGGCUCGAUCAUGAAAAUCGAGAACGUUUCCAAUGAGCUUGGUUAUGAACUCAAUCCCGACGUGCUUUUGACACGUGCUGAACAAUUAAUGAAAUUGGAACGUGAUUCGAUCGUCGAUCAAAAAACGUCGAUUUAUAGUUUACAGAGAAAGAUCAAACAGUUGAAAGAACAAAUGGACAACAAAGAUUUGCAUUUAGAUUUAUUACGCAAGAAGAUCAUCGCAUUGGAAGAAGGACGUGCCGCGAAAACCGAUUUGGAACGAGAAAUCGAUGAUCAUGUGAUGUUAUCGAGAAAGAUGAAAGUCAAAGUCGAUCAUCUAACACAACAAGUUCACGAUUUGAAACAUGAAAAUACUCAAUUGAAAGCUCAAAUAACGGAUAUUCAAACAUUGAAGAACCGAAUCAAUGAGCAAGACAAAGAAAUUCGACGACUUUUAGGAGAUAUUGACAAAUUACAAAAUACUCGUGAUAAACAAGCAGUGAAAAUUUCGACUUUACAAGACAAAAUACAUGCCGUCGAUGAUGAAGCAAAUAAAAACUUAUUUUCAUCAGAUAAUGCUGUUCGAACGUUAUCCAAUGAAGUACGAUACCUUAAAAGUUCAUUGGAAGAAACAACUGCACGAGAACAUCGAUUACUCGAUUUCCGUGCACUGAUCGCCCGUAUGCUCGGUCUUGAUGCCAAAUCGUUAUCAAUACCUGAUUAUGAAAUAACCGCUCGUUUAGAACGACUUCUCACGGUUGUUCAGCCAACAAUGGCGAUACCCGUUGUACCAGUAACUUCAUCAACAACAGCAACAACAACAACUACGAACCAACUUUAUGAUCAUAACUAUCAUCACCAUCAUCGUCAUCAAAAUUCUCAUUCAGCACAUCCACGACAUCGAAGUCCAAGUCCAGUAACCUAUCGAACCGAUGGCAAUCAUCGAGCACGAUCGCUUUCGCCAUUACAUGCUGGAAUUGAUCCUCGAACAUACUAA